CCUCCCCUACCGGGGAAGCAGCGGAGCGCAAAGAUCCCGCCCCCGCGCCCCGCCCGGCGCACGCGCGAGUUCCACACCACGGGUUUACGUUGCCAUUUACGACCGGCCGGAAAGUAGCGGCCGCAGGCAGCGCCAGGCUGAGUUGGGCCGCCAUGGGGAAAAUCGCGCUGCAGCUCAAAGCCACGCUUGAGAACGUCACCCACCUCCGGCCUGUGGGCGAGGACUUCCGGUGGUACCUGAAGAUGAAAUGUGGCAACUGUGGUGAGAUUUCAGAGAAGUGGCAAUACAUCCGGCUGAUGGACAAUGUGGCACUGAAGGGAGGCCGUGGCAGUGCCUCUAUGGUCCAGAAGUGCAAGCUGUGCUCGAGGGAAAACUCCAUUGAGAUUUUGAGCAGCACCAUCAAAUCUUACGAUGCUGAAGACAAUGAGAAGUUCAAGACGAUAGUAGAAUUUGAGUGCCGGGGCCUUGAACCAGUUGAUUUCCAGCCCCAGGCCGGGUUUGCUGCCGAGGGUGUGGAAUCGGGGACAGUCUUCAGUGACAUUAAUCUGCAGGAGAAGGACUGGACUGACUAUGACGAAAAGGCUCAGGAGUCUGUGGGAAUCUACGAGGUCACCCACCAGUUUGUGAAGUGCUGAACCCUCUUCUUGCACACUUGCCUCCAAGAACUGAGAAGGGAAAGUGUGCCCCCAGCAGCUGAGCCCACUGAGGCUGGGUCCCUUCUCCCUCGUUUCCUGGCUGCUGUCCAUGCCCUAAUAGUCUGCAUGCUGGGCUCUAUCACAGCUUCCCAAGCCCUGCCAAUAAAGCCCCUGUUUGUGCUGCACUUGUGCAUGAAGGUAGAGUCAGGUAGCAGCCACUCCCUCUACAAAUAAGAAUUCAUGUUGGAGGUCUUUGCCUGCUGGCGCCUUUCCGCAGUAUAGAAUCUUACACCUGAUCCAAUUUGCAAAAUAUGCAGGAGCACACAGCUCCUGAGGGCUCUCCAGCUCUUGGGGAAUGGGCAGGUCAACCCAGAGGACCAAAGGUGUCAAGGCCAAUGGACUGAGCCUGUAGAAUGAUGUCACAAGCCCAAAAGUCCUGAGCCCAAACACUGCAUUGACCAGCUUGGCUCUCAGGUAAACCCAAGCAUCUCUGUUAGCUGGUGUCACUUCAUAUUCCAGAGCCAAGAGGGACUUCAGAGACCAGCAGUCCAGUCCUGGCAUGAAUCUGCUCUCCAGAACUCCAGCCAGAUGGUCCUCAGGACUCUGCUCACUUGCUGUAAUGGGGCACUCCCCUCCCAUGAGGGAAGUCAGGGUGAAAGUUCUUCCUUAUGCUGAGUCAGCCUCUAUGCUCCCUGUAUCUUCCGCUAGUCCUAGUUUGUCCCCUUUGUGGCCAUACUUCUGUGUUCUGCCUGGCCCGAACAGCCCUGUGGAGGUGUCAAGACAACAGUCACGGCCCCUAAGUCUCAUGGGCCUGGUUCCUUGGGGCUGAAGAUCCUACACACAGUGGACAGAGUUGUUCAGUGCACAGUCAGGACGUGAGGGCAUGCUCAUCCUUCACACUGGUGAAUCUGCCAUUUGGAAAACCUGUUAUGAGUUUCUCCAGUGUUCUGCUGGAGCCUGGAAUUCUUCAGUAUCUUCAUUUUCUGAGUGGCCCACUGGGAAAGGGUCUGCCCACUCCCAGGCUGGUUGUGGGGCACUAGGAAGGGGAUCCUCAGAUUUCAGGUAAAGCUGGCCAUGUCCAGGGGUGAUGAAGAGGUGUCUGCCUUGUCCCCUUUCCAGUCUGGCAGCCAUACCGUGUUUCCUCUAGGUCUCCUGUGUUCCUGGCCCCUGGGCCUGCUCUUUUCUGCACCUAACAGAGUAGGGUGCUUUGGCCCUCCCUCAGGCAGCAGUCUACGUCUCCCCCCCUCCCCCACUGCCCCACCACACACACACUGGGUCCAGGCCACUGCCUAGCCUGGAAGGAAAUAAGUAGAAGCAUUAGGCUGGGUAAGCAGCCUUUCUGUUUUCAGUCUCUAUACCAACCAGCCAGUGUGUGUUAACCUCAUAAAGACAAACACUAAAAGGAUCUCAAGGUUUUCUUUAUAUUUUAAAUUAUUUUCUCAUCUUUCAGGAGGUAGGGGAACCCAAAUAAUCAUUAACAGAUUAAAGGAGAAAUAAAAUGGGUUAUGUCAAUAGAUGCAGAAAAAGUAUUCAGUAAAAUUCAACACCCAUUUCAACAAAAACAACAAACCAUUGAAACUCUUAGCAAACUAGGAAUAGAAAGAAACCACCCUAACCUUGCAAAGGACAUCAACAGAAAACCUAGAGUGAAUGAAAUGUUUGAAGUAUUCCAUUCAAGAUCCGAGUGAGAUGAGGACACCCUCGAUAGUGCUGUUCAUCACUGUGCUGGAGGACCCACCCAGUGUGAUCAGACGAAAGUAAGGUGAAUGGAUUGCAAAGGAAGAAACUCACUUUUCACAGAUGACGCCUUUCCACUUAGAAAAUCCAAAAGCAUUAAUUAGUACUGGAUUGAAGAUCAAUAUACAGACACCAAAUGCAUUUCAGUACACUGGCAAUAUGCAAAAUACAAUUCAAGAAAAAGGACCAUUUAUAAUAGCAAUGAAACCCCCAAAAGUAACUAAGAAUUAAGUCUAUCAAAGACAUUCAUGUCCUUAGUGGAGAAAUUAUUCAACUUUGCUGAAAGGUAUUGAGGAAAGCCUAAAUUAAUGGAGACGUAUACUAUACUGAUGGAUGGGAAGACUUGAUAUUGUAAAGAUCAUUUUCAACAAAUAUAUUUAUAAAAUUCUUGUUGAAAAUUUCAACUUUGUUUAACAGAACUGAAGUUGAUUCUGAAACCUAUAUGGUACGACACAGGUGGGAGACUUCCUCUACCAGAUACCCCAAUGUAUUUAUAAAGCAGUGGCAAUUAAGCCACCAUGAUAUUGCCACUGUGAUACACAAAUAGACCACUGGAACAGUAGAUGAACAGACCCAUGAUGUAUGAAACUGGUUAAUGACAGGUGGUGGUGCAGAUUGGUGGGGAAAUUAUCAACUCAUCAAUAAAUGGUGCUGGGGCAACUGUUUAACUUUGUGCAAUAAAAUAAAAUUGGAACCCUA